AAACUAAACAGAGUAAUUAUUAACUUCAUUUUUUUUUAUAAUUUAUUAAAAUUCGGUGGAAACGACCAGAUCCAUAAGUACUAUGAUUACCAUUUGCUUCACCACUUGCUCCUGGAUACAAAAAAAGUCAGCAAAUCUAGUAGAUCACUGUACCAUUACUAGAUCCCGAUCUGGAUAUUUCUCUACUCCCUCUUGUCUCUGCUUAUAAACUGGAGUUUCAAUCUUGGGAGUGAUCUGAGGCGGCAAAGCCCUUUCUCUCUGGUGCAUGUGAGUAGAGAGAGAUUGUGCUGUGGGGUUUAGAGGAACAUGGCUAUGGGGAGAUAUUCUCGUGUAGACGGGAAGAAGUCAUCAUCGAGCUUUGGCUUAACCAUUACCAUUGUUUUGAUCGUUUCUCUCUCUUUGGUUGGAGCUUGGAUGUUCAUGUCCUCUUGGUCUGCACCAACCGAGUCUAUUGACUUCUCUUCAAGCCAGACUACUACAAAAGAUGUGGAAACCACUAGUAAGAGUGAUUUCACAAACGAAAAGAAUGAAGAAACUGAGGUUGUGACAGAGAGAAACCAAGAGAAGGUUGAGGAAAGAAAAGAGUUUGAAGACAAAAAUGGUGAAGGGGAUAGAAAAGAUGGAGAGGAUGUGUUCCCAGCUGGUGACCAGGCCGAGAUAACAAAGGAGUCCACCACUAGAACUGGAUCUUGGUCUACUCAACUGGUUGAAUCGCAGAACGAGAAGAAAGCACAAGUGUCCUCCUCCUCCUCCAUCAAAUGGAAACUCUGCAACGUCACAGCUGGACCAGACUACAUCCCUUGCCUUGACAAUCUGCUAGCUAUCAGAAAGCUUCAUUCCACAAAGCAUUACGAACACCGUGAGAGGCAUUGUCCCGAGGAAGCUCCACGCUGCCUUGUGCCUCUUCCCGAAGGGUAUAAACGAUCCAUCAAGUGGCCUAAGAGCAGAGAAAAGAUAUGGUACAACAACAUCCCUCACACUAAGCUUGCACAAGUGAAAGGACAUCAGAACUGGGUGAAGAUGAGUGGUGAGUACUUAACAUUCCCUGGUGGUGGGACUCAGUUCAAGAACGGUGCUCUUCACUACAUCGAUUUCCUCCAAGAGUCAUAUCCUGAUAUUGCUUGGGGAAACAGAACACGUGUUAUAUUGGACGUUGGGUGUGGUGUUGCCAGCUUCGGAGGAUAUCUUUUUGACAGAGAUGUGCUUGCUUUAUCAUUUGCACCCAAAGAUGAACAUGAGGCACAGGUGCAGUUUGCUUUGGAACGUGGUAUACCUGCAAUGUCGAAUGUCAUGGGGACCAAGAGAUUGCCUUUCCCAGGAUCUGUUUUUGAUCUUAUCCAUUGUGCUCGUUGUAGAGUCCCUUGGCAUAUCGAAGGUGGUAAGCUACUUUUGGAACUGAACCGUGCGUUGAGGCCUGGUGGUUUCUUUGUCUGGUCGGCGACUCCGGUUUACAGGAAGACCGAAGAAGACGUUGGCAUAUGGAAAGCUAUGUCGAAGCUAACAAAGGCGAUGUGCUGGAAGCUGAUGACGAUUAAAACAGAUGAACUGAAUGAAGUUGGUGCUGCCAUUUACCAAAAGCCAAUGACUAAUGAAUGCUACAACGAAAGAUCUCAAGAAGAGCCACCUCUAUGCAAAGACUCCGAUGAUCAAAAUGCCGCUUGGAAUGUUCCACUUGAGGCGUGUAUGCACAAAGUAACAGAAGAUUCGUCAAAACGAGGAGCAGUUUGGCCUGAGAAGUGGCCGGAGAGAGUGGAGACUGCUCCUCAGUGGCUCGAAUCUCAGGAAGGUGUAUAUGGAAAGCCUGCACAAGAGGAUUUCACGACUGAUCAUGAACGUUGGAAGAAUACUGUUUCGAAGUCGUAUCUCAACGGUAUGGGAAUUGAUUGGUCUUAUGUGAGAAAUGUGAUGGACAUGAGAGCUGUCUAUGGAGGUUUUGCUGCUGCGUUAAAGGAUCUGAAGCUGUGGGUGAUGAAUGUAGUUCCUAUAGACUCAGCUGAUACGCUGCCUAUUAUAUACGAGCGUGGUUUGUUUGGAAUCUACCAUGAUUGGUGUGAAUCAUUCAGCACUUACCCUCGAACUUACGACCUUCUUCAUGCUGAUCAUCUUUUCUCUGCACUAAAGAAGAGGUGCAACUUGGUGUCGGUAAUGGCUGAAGUGGACAGGAUUCUUAGACCACAAGGGACUUUUAUAGUAAGAGAUGACAGUGAAACGGUAGGAGAAAUUGAGAAGAUGGUGAAAUCGAUGAAAUGGAAUGUGACAAUGACACAUUCCAAAGGUGGUGAAGGGUUGCUCUCUGUUCAGAAGUCAUGGUGGCGUCCUACAGAGGUCGAGACAAUAACAUCGGCAAUAGCUUAAUAUCAAGGAAACAAUGAAGAGUAUGGGUUAAUUUAGUUGUAUGAUUAUGUUGUUUCUUUUAUGAUCACAUUGAUUGUUUACACUUGUAUUAGUCCAAUAUUUGUAUCCUCCUCCCUCUUUGCAUUGAAGAAAAUUGUAUACUAGACAAUUGUCACAAAAGUGUAAACUUAUAAUAAGUUUUUUAUUUGGUCCAACUCAUGAAUCUUAAUUCUUAUC